AUGCGCGUGUGCCAACCCCCUGUUACCGCGAGUGAACAGCGGUCGCACUACACCAUCAAGCUCCCUGUUGAUCGCGGCAUUUGUCGCGCCCGGGCCGCCAGCGAUGAUGAGCUACCGGGUUUUGGAGAUUUAAUCUGGACAUGCAUGCCGUCGCUGCAGGCCCGAUUGCAUGUUCUAAAACUGAAACUCAGAUUUGCUGAUUGCUACAGCCUACAGAUGACAGAAACAGGGGGUCAACCUGACUCUGAAAGUGCAACAGCCAAAGCGAAUGUCUUGAGAAGGAACUUAGAUGAUGUGGGAUGGGAGUUUGGGGUUCUUGUUAAUCCAAACAACAAGGACCAGGUGAAGUGCAUACUCUGUGACAAAGUCAUGUAUGGAGGGGUUUAUCGGUUGAAGCAGCAUAUCGCUAAGGAAGGAAAGAAUGCAAAGAAAUGCCAGGGCACGAAGACCUCCAAAGAUAAGUUAAAGGAGGCUCAAGAAAAGUGUAAGAAAGCACUAGAUGAAGCAAAAAGGAAGAGGGAGGAGAAGACUGUUCGUGAGCUAGAACUUAGAGAGGAAGUUCAUGUAUCUAGGGUUGGAACCUCAGAGGAAGUCACUUGUGUUGGAAGUUCAGAGCCUCACAAAUUAGGCCCCAUGGAUAAAUGGACAAGAGCUAUUGAUCCUACAGCAACCAAAUCUGAAUCUUUGACUCAACAAAAGCUGAACAAGGAACUUUGGAAAGAAAGAUUACAUGAGUACUGCACUAAUUUUGUAACACUGGCAGCAAUACCAUUCAAUGCUUGUGACAACGAUGAGUUCAAGCAAAUGUGUGAAGCAAUUGGACAAUUUGGGCCUGGAAUUGAACCUCCAACUAUGUUUGACCUGAGAGGGAGAUUGCUAGAAGAAGAACAUGCAAGAACCAAGAGUUUGCUGCAAGAACGUGAAGCCGAGAAGAUGAAGAAUGGGUGCUCUAUUAUGACCGAUGCUUGGUCAGAUAAGAGGAGAAGCAUAAUGAAUGUGUGCACUAAUUGUGCUGAUGGAACCAGUUUUAUUUCCUCAAAAGAGAUGUCAGAUGUGUCACACACAAGUGAAGUCAUAUUUGAACUAGUGGACAAAGCAAUUGAGUUAGUUGGUGAGGAUGAUGUGGUGCAAGUUGUGACUGACAAUGCUUCUAACAACAUGGGAGCAAAGAAGCUGCUGCAUGAGAAGAGACCACAGAUCUUUUGGACCUCUUGUGCAGCUCACACAAUCAACUUGAUGCUCCAAGGAAUUGGCAACAUUCCUCGAUUCAAGAAGGUGGUUGACCAAGCAAAGGCAUUCACCAUAUUUGUCUAUGGGCACACAAGAACACUAGAGUGCAUGAGAUACUUCACUGAGGGAAGAGAGAUAGUAAGGCCAGGAGUGACUAGGUUUGCUUCAAACUUUCUGACUUUGGAAAGCAUACAAGAGAAGAAGGACCAGCUAAGAAAGAUGGUGGUUCAUAGUAGGUGGGACUCACUGAAGGAUGUGAAAUCAAAGAAGGGAAAAAAUGCUACAGCAACUAUAUUGAAUCCAAAUUUUUGGAAGGAUGUGAAGUUGACAUUGGCUGUUUUUGAGCCAUUGUUCAAAGUUCUUCGUUUGGUUGAUGGAGAUGUGAAGCCAUCCAUGGGUUUCGUAUAUGGAGAACUAUUGAAGGCAAAGAGACAGAUCAAAGAGGCGUUUGGCAAUGUUGAGUCCCGUUUCAAGGAUGUUAUUGCUAUUGUUGAGAAGAAGAUGGCUGGAAGACUUGAUUCUCCAUUGCAUUUGGCAGCUUAUUUGCUGAAUCCACACUAUAGUUAUGCUGAUCCAUCAAUUUUUGAUGUCCCCAAAAUAACAGUAGGUUUUAUCAGUUGUGUGGAGACUUUUUAUUAUCAUGAUGAGGAAAUGCAGGAACAAGCUGCCAAUGUUGAACUCUAG